AUGAAACAAGGAUCAUCAGAAAUAAGCUCAAAUUCAAAGAAAACGCACAAACAACCUGAGCAACUGUAUUCAGAACCAUUUGAAUCCCUCACCUCGCCAAUCAAUCUUCCGAAUCCAGUGAUUCAUCAUGUGAUCCAGCCACCGAAGACCACUGAUUCCGUGGUCCAACCUACAGUAUUAUCAUGUAACGAAGUCCAACCGAGUAACCUGAAUGGGAGCAAUAAUACCAACGAUAAGAUUUGUGGGGAAGAAUUUGAACUGUUUAUUGGUAGCGACGGAAAGCAAUACGCUGAGCUAAGUAACGGAACCUUCAUGGAAAUAACGACUAAGUCAGAGUCCACCAAUGAAACAGAUCCGGCUGAAAACCACGAAGAACUCAGUGCAGCAACUAUCGAUUUGGAAAUUCGAAACAAACGUGCAAGCAAGAACUCACCAGGCGCCGGAAAAAAUCAUAUCAGCUUCGAAACAUCGUUUCCGGAAUUCAUUAAAUUCGUAUAUCGCGUGGUAUAUGCCGCUGACUUUUCCCAUACCAAAGAGCACAACGAUAAGUUAUUUAAGGAUUAUUUGAGAUAUAAAAACACCGAGUACAAGCGGUUCCAGGAAGGAUAUGGGGAUCAACGAGCUUCAAGUACUAGGAAGAGAAAGCAAUCAAAAGUUCUCAAGGCUAACGAAGCACAGGAGAUUUCACCUAAGCGUCAACGCUCGUCAUCUCAAGGAAGUAAAAGUACUUCGUCCGAAAGCUGCGAUGGAUCUCUGACUUCACUUACAUCUUGAGAUCUCCGUUUUAAUCCCUGAAUAAUAGUUAUAUGAAAUCAAAAGAAAUUUGUUCGGUUUGUUUGAAUAUAUUUUGUUCUUCAUAUGUACGUAUGUGAUCUUCUCUGCAAACAUGUUUAGAUUAUGAUAAGUUUCAAUAAAAAUAUCAU